CGAGGGAGGGAGUUUUGGCCGAUGGCGGCUGUCAACUCGCGGAUCUCAGCCCUCGCACGGACGGUACUUGGCCGUAACGCGGUGACCCGCACCUCGCCCGGGCCGAAAAUAGUCGGCGUGCGCUCGCGUUGAAUACGCGCUCGCAGGAUUUACGAGAGCACGCGAGUGAAAGGAUAGAUCCUCUUAUAUGACAUCGGGCAAGGAGACAAUGGGUGAACAACCAAUUUUCAUGUGCAAAGCGCACGUGUUUCACAUCGAUCCCAAGACCAAACGGUCUUGGGUACCAGCAUCAUCGGCAGCAAUAUCAGUAUCAUUCUUUUACGAUUCCACCAGGAGUUUAUACAGAAUAAUUUCAAUUGAAGGAACAAAGCCUGUCAUUAAUAGCACAAUUACUCCAAACAUGACUUUUACCAAGACAUCGCAAAAAUUUGGUCAGUGGUCGGACGUCAGGGCGAAUACCGUGUAUGGCUUGGGCUUUGCCUCUGAGGCUGAAUUAGGAAAGUUCAUCGAAAAAUUUCAUGAGGUGAAAGAGGCCACGAAGCUGGCCAAUGCCAAGUUACAGUCCAACAGUUCUUCGGUUACACCGGCUACCAGUGCGAACGUCAGUCCGAUUACGUCCCGAUCAGGCAUGCCGUCGUCAGAACAAGAUCUCAUAGACCCACCGAACUCGUCGAUGAUUAACUCCAACGUGUCAUCGUCGAACAUCCCGAACCCGAAUGCCAAUAUGAUUUCCGCUCAGAACAGUGUAUCUUCGGUAAGCAGCAGUCCUUUACCUGGUAGUUGUCAGAAUAAAGUGGACGACGAAUUGAAAAACGCAGUCCAUUCAAGAUCACAGAGUAUUUCUCAGAGUACAGAAAGUCCGCAACAUCAAGGGAAAUCUGCGCAGUUGAGCUCAUCACAAAGUGGACAGUCGGCUGAGGUGCAGCUCAAGUAUGAGAACGACAGGCUGAAACUUGCUCUAGCUCAAAGUUCUGCUAACGCUAAGAAAUGGGAGGUUGAAUUGACUACCCUCAAAACUAAUAAUGCAAGAUUAACGAGCGCGUUACAGGAGUCCACAGCCAACGUUGACGAAUGGAAGAGGCAGCUGCAGUUGUACAAAGAGGAAAAUGCCAAAAUAAAACUUAAAUAUGCUGAUUUGGAAGCCGGUAAGAUCGCGGAAGGUAAUAGCGAAGCGUUGAGAUUGAGAGUCGAAGCAUUAGAAAGCGAACUGAGAACGCGAAAUGAAGAAAUCAAAGCUCUCACUAUGGCCACCAAAAAUAAGGAUUUUGUGGUUUUACAAAAGGAGAAUGCAGAACUCCGCGAAAUGUUGAAUGUAGUUCAUGAACAAUUAGAACUUGCGUUGAGUGCAAAUAAAGUUCAAAAACAAAAUUUGGAUACGUUAAACGCCAGACUAGCUGGCUAUAUACAGGAUCUGGUAACUGUACAUCGAGAAAUCACAAACACGUUGCAAACUUAAGUUUGCACCAUAGGGAAAACCUAAGAAUGCCUCUCUUAGGUCUUUUGUAUUUAUUAUAAGCGCGAUGUACGAAUGGAUAUAGAUUAAUAACAAAGAGAGAAGUUCCGAGAACAAAAAAAAUCGAAUGCAGAUUAAUC